AAGGUUUCUGGCAACACCAAUAGAAAGCGUCGCAUCCUUUGACUAAUUUAGAAAUUUUGUGUGAAAUUAGUGAAAUAAGUUGUGUUUAAUUGUAGUAAUUUAUGUAAGAAGCGUAAGAGGUCAAGUGACCAUAGCCAAAAUGUCGAAGCCCCAGAAUGAUGACACUCUGGAGCUGGACGAGAUCCUCAGCCAGCCGGUAAAGGACAAGGAGCGCUUUGCAGCCUUCAUGUUGCGCAAGUUGGCCGAGAACAAGCCGCCACAGAACAGCAAUCUCUUUGGUAACUUCAAUCUCGACUUUGACUUGGAUUUUGAGGCGCCACUGAUCAAGAAGAUCAAGCCCAAGGCCAAGGUACCAGAAGUGCAGCCUGCAGUGUUGCGGGAGUUAACCACUGCAUCCGAUGCCGUCCCCGAGCAACCCAAUAAGCCGCCUGUGGACCAGGCAUCCAAUGAGAAUCAGCCGCCGCCCACAACCUCGCCCACUUUGUCGCCAAAUCAUCGACGAUCCUUGCGCCGCAGCGGAAAUGUUCCGGGCUCCGACAAGCUACGCCGACAUGCCAUCCGCAGGCGAUCCCGAAGCUGCGGACGCCAACUGCUCCCUGAGUUCGAAGAGGCCAUCAACCUGACCCGCAGCCUAUCCAGUCCCGUAAACUUUGUCCCAGAAAUAAGCAGCACACCCUGCGCAGAGAAAACUAAACAGGAUGAUGCUAAAGCUGCGGGAAACCCAGCAGACAAACAAAAAAAGCCAGUUGAAAAGCCGGCGGUGCAACCCGAGAAGCCAGCAGAAAAACCAGCGAAAAAUUCUUUAACGCCAGAGGUGAAGUCCCCUUCCAGGUCUUCUAUUCUCGCCGCUGAAAUUGAUCAAAUCUGCAAGGAACGGCAGAAUUCCUUUUACAACAAUGUCCUGCAGCUGGAGUACACUGGUCGGUCACCGCACACGCGUCCCUUGACCCCGUCUUCACAAUCUGUGGCGGGUUUGCGACGCACUUACACCAUGGAAAAAGGUCCAGCUCCGGGACAGCUGCUGCUUUCACCUUCACAUCGCUGUGAACCAAUUAUCAAAUCACCAGUGGUGAAGUUAAAGCGGACGAAUCAAGAAGUAACAGUGCCUGACACACCACAACGACCGAGUCAUGAAACUACCUGGCAAUCGCAGCCACAACCGGAGUUCGUGGUGCCGGAAACUCAGCCACAGGAUCUGGGAGACCUGGUGCAGACUCUGUCGCGGAAUGCCAGCGGCCCAAUUGUGGUGAUAAACACAACCAAUCCAAGGCGGAAUUCUGGCCAGGUAGAAACUCCUCCGACAUCUCCACUUCUCAGGUCGUUUUCCCAGCCGGUAUCUUCCGCUAAAAGUUUUGCUGCUGCCCCUUCCCCGAAACCGAAAGGCCAAUCUUCGCGGGUCGUAGAAAAUGUAGACGCCAUUAUGACCGACGACGAAAGUGACGAACAGCCCAGCUCAGCGGCAUUGAAUCUAGCCCCCCCGGGCGGCAACACAACUCGCCAGCGACGCUUGCGCAAUAGCAACCGGGUUCGAGUUGCCGAAACUAAGGAGAGUUCCAUGCACCUGCUUAACUUACACCGGUCGGACAAUGCGAAGAAGACUAAGCCCCGUAUGACAACAGUACCACUAAACAAGGCCCCCAGUGCUCCCAUUAAUGGGGAGCAGUUCGCCAACGAACUGGCCCGCAUGAGCAACUAUGAGAUUUUGGAUCUGCGCAAGCGCAUCUCAGACGAGGCGGUCCCUUUAAAUGGCCACAAGCGCCGUUCGGAGAUGCUUAUUCAGCAGGAACUUAUGCGGAGAAAUAUGAUGGACGAGCGCGACGGAUUGCCCGGAAAACCAUCCUCCUAUUCCGAUUCAGAUGAGGAGUAUUCGCCGGUUAAGCGAAGAACCCGUAGUAAUCUACGAAGAAGCAGUGAGCGAUCGAAGAGAGGCCGACCGCGCUCUAAGCGACGGGAUCCACCAAUGACGAAGGAGCUUGAGAACUAUUUGGGCCUCUCCAAUACUAUGGAAACUCGUCGAAAAUUAUCCAAGCAAAGCAAACGAAGUCUUUACACAAAGGGGGACUCCAACGUUGAGGAUUAUGAUUCGUCAUCGCCGGUUAAGCUGCCAAGACUGAGUAAAAGUAUUCAAAUUGUUCCGCCUCCUCCCGCUUCCCUGCGCUAUUCGCAAUCGAUGCAAAAUUUGCGCCGCAGCACUAGAUUCGAUUUCGAUGAUGUCGUGAUGGCUGCUCCUCCAGAGUUUAAUAAUACUGGGAAUAAUGAUAGCAUUGAAAUUGCACCACCGCCUCCAGAGUAUUUAGUAAAUACACAAAACAGAAGCACAAUUGGACGAAAAAGUCAUAAAGACGAUCUUUUUUCUCCUCCACCGGAGUACAAUGAACAAAGUGAAGACGAUGAGCAACCAAGAAUUGGAAGAGCCAGACCAUCACAGCAGUCGAUUCGACGAAAGACGAAAGAGAACGAGCUGGUUCCACCUCCAUUUGAAUAUAUUGAACAACAGGAGAACGAAGGAGUCGAGGAACAAAAUGAAAAUGACGAACCAUCAAAUAAACCGCAGCUUAGUUUGCAGCCAAGACAAUGUGGACAAAAGACUAAAAAAGACUCAGUGGUACCACCUCCAUUUGAAUAUAUUAACCCAACGGAAAACAAAGAUGAAGAGGAACAGGAUCGUAACGAUGAGCCACCAAGGAAGUCGCUGAAAAAUACAAGAAAAACUGCUGAGUACAACGCGACAAAUCGGAAUACGGAGCGACCGGAGCCCCCGAAAAAUGGAAUCGGCGAUAGCGAUAGCGAAAUUGAGCAACCCAGGAGUCUGAGGAGCAGAAGAAACAAAUCAGACAACCUAAAUCCAAAUGUACAAAAGGCGAAGAAGAGCGGAGUCGUUCCACCUCCAAUCACUGCGGAUGAUGUGGAAGACGGGGAACGGGGGCAGCAGGAUGAAGUAGUACCACUUACAUUAGAAUGUAUUGAAGGUCCCGAUGAUAAAGCUCCGGAAUCGGCAUCGACACCAAGUGCCUUUGAUUCUUCAUCUAGCAAUAGGAAACGUAAUCUUCAGAGUGUAUCAAGAAGCCAAGAUGUUGAUCAGUUACCCAAUCGGUCAUCUAAGUCCUAUAAUCUUUCAAAUAACCGCAAGAGUCCUAAAGCUGAUUAUGUAAUAAACGCUCAUCCAACCACCCAAGAGGAAGAAAUUAUCGAGAAAUCGGAACAAAUGGAAUCCCUACGCGUAAACACUCCCACUCCUCCGCCAGCUCCAAAGUCAAGUGAUGUGAGCAGCAAAAAUCGGCCUGUCCAUGAGGGUUCUUUGGACGAAGACGAUGUGCCCAGCACGAGUCGAGCGGCUCUGGAAGCUCUGCAUCGUAGUCAAAGAAUGGCAAAGAAUCAGUCAAAAGAUGUUUUGAACGAUGAUGUGGUGUUUAAGAAACCAAAGGCACCGGCACCACGUGCGAGAUCCAAGAAAAAUAAGUCUGAGGUAGACAAGUUAAAGCUGUCGAAGAUUCCGGUGAAUUUGGACGAUACCUCCGGUAUCAGGCGUUCCAAGCGAGGUCAAGUGCCACUUCAGAUGACUUGGUGCCAUACUAUGGAUCCUACGCAGUUUAGCUUCAUGCGUGACUCCGUACAGCCUCCUAGCCAAAACUCGAAAGGUAUAAAAGCAAAUUUGAGUAAAACGAAGAAAGCCAGUGUCGCAAAAACGAAGAAAGCUGCAGUAGACAAAUUAUUGGUUAGCCGGGGACCAUUGUGCAGCAGUACCCCACGAAAUGCCGAAAAAGGGUCAGAGGCAAUCCCAAACUCGGAAUCUCUUGGCAUCAGUCCCUUGGCGUGGGAGGAUACGGCGCCAAUAGUGGUGCAAACAGUGGUUGAAAAGGUUGCCAAGAAAAGAGGACGAAGCAAGAAGCAAGAGGAAGUUGUGCAAACUGAAACACAGUCUGAACCAGACGCGGAGCCGAAAGAGGCCGUGGCGUCUUGCGCAACACCCUUCAGAAACGAUCACUACCCGGAAACGGAGCCGGAACCCGAGCCCGAGCCCGAGCCCAAAGUGCCACCGGCAACUUCUCUUAGAGACGAGCAGGAGGAAGCCUCCAUUCAGCUGAUGCACUGGCUCCGAGGCGUCCGCGAUUUCCAACCCACUCCUGGUAUGUCGGAUGAAAGCGCGAGUGUCUCUACUGCAAAUGAAUUGGUUUUCACCCAGGUAGAUGGCAUUGACUACGCUUUCUACAAUACGAAGGAAAAGGCAACAUUGGGAUAUAUGCGAUUCCAGCCCCACCAGACUCGCAACACAAAGCGCGCCAAAGUACAUCCUCUGAAAUUCAUUGUGCAAUUCGGAGAGUUUGCCGUGCAAACCCAGUCCGAAGGCCAAGAGAAUGAAGUGCAUGCUACUCUACGUGUCGGCGACAUGAUUGAAGUAGAUAAAGGCACCAAAUAUAGUAUUCAAAACGCUAUAGACGAUGUAAGUGUCCUAAUGGUUAUACGCAGUUAAUUUUGGAUUUAUUAUUUAAAAACUUGGAAGUUAUAUUGGAGUUAUAUUUUGUACGUUUUCAUCGCAAAGAAGCAAAGUAAUAAAGUGUUGUUUUGUUAUAAUGAUUAAA